CGUAAACUCCGAUCGCGGACCACUACGCUAUCGGCGUGAAUUACUUUUUCUCACCACGUGCGAGCCAGAUGCCGUGAGGCAAGCAUUUGCAUCAUGCUUGUCGUGCUUCUCCGGAGGUAAUUGCGGGCGGCGUACAAGGCGAUGACCCUGCGUGCGGAAGUGGGACCCAUGACAUAGCUUUUCCGCCGCCUGUGCACGUCGACUGUCCAACACGCCUCGCGACCUCUGACUUUUCACCCGGCCGAUGGGAGAGAAUUGCAGCCAAGGAGUUCUUCGACACUUCUCGCCGGACCAGCCCCGCAUCGCAUGCGUCUGUAGCACGCCCGCAAGCCGCCGCUGCCCGGAAGGCGCCGCCGCCUGCAGCCUCCGCAAUGGCAAAAGGGCCGGACGUGGUCAUUAUCGCGCGGCAUGGCGCCCGCCUCGACGCCGCCGACAAGCAAUGGCACCUCACCUCGCCAACACCCUACGAUCCGCCGCUCACAUACGGCGGCUGGUCACAAGGCAAGGCCCUCGGGCUUCGCAUAGCUGCGCUGCUCCACGCACGCGAGAACGAGCGGGCGGACGAGGCGAAGAACGGCCCGAAUGCGGAUCUGGCGCAUCUCGAGUUCAGCGCGCUGGACAAGGAGAAGGCGGCGAAGGGAGAGGGCGUGCCGAAGAGGAAGAGGAAGCAUAAGGUUGUCAUACAUUCGAGCCCGUAUCUGAGGUGUGUUCAGACGAGCACGGCGAUCGCGGCGGGCAUCUCGCAGUUCCAGGCGCCGAAGGAUGCGGGCGCGAUGAGUUUGAGGGUGCCACAGCCCCCCAAGGAGAGGAAUGGCCUGUUGGGUACGAGUCCGUUGGCAAGGUCUCCGCGUUCGAGGUCGCCGGCGGUGCAGCCUGUGCCGGUCCUGGAGCCAGCUGCGGAUCCGAAUCUGGAGGUGUUCCCGAAGCCACAGACCGGACCGGAGAAGAUACUGUUACGCAUUGAUGCCUUCCUAGGAGAGUGGCUCUCGCCGGACUACUUCGAGGAUAUUACCCCGCCGCCGAACUCGACGAUGAUGGUUGCCGGCGCCAAAGCGGACCUUCUGCGGCGAGUAGACUACGUAGAGGUCCAGCCGAGCGCGCACAACGUCAAGGGCCACUUCCCGGGCGGCUGGGUGAAGAGCAAUGCCUCGUCUUCUCCCAACAGCCGGAAAGGUAGCGAGGAUGGGACGUUUCCGACCAUGGGAAGCUUGGGCCAGGUGCUACCGCUGCGCGAGCGAUCGAGCAGUCAAGGGAGCGUUUUCCGGCAGCGGUCGAGAUCGAGAGAGACAGGCGCCCCUUCACUGUCAACCGCACACAAGGCCCCCGCGCACAUAUACGACCCGCCGAUACCGUCAUACGCUGUCUCUACUUCGGAUCCGAUACCCAGAGGAUACGUUUCGCACGCGCGAGACGCCUGCAUUGACGUCGAUUUCCAAUGGGACAGCAUGCGUGCGCCGCAGGACUGGGGCGAUGGCGGCGAGUUCGGCGACGAGUGGAGCACCAUGCACAAGCGCUUCCGCAGGGGACUCGCUGGCAUGAUGAAGUGGUAUAGAGAGCAUGGGUCGAUGCCGCCCAAAGACCAGUUCCCGGGUUUUACGUUUAAGGAGCGGCCUACUGCAGCUCUUCACCACCACGCUCAAACAGACCCCGGCCCAAUGGCAGACCCGGAAAUGGAAGACGAUGAGGAGCUGGUUCUGAUACUGGUCACACAUGGCGCGGGCUGCAAUGCGCUGCUCGGUGCUAUCUCGAACCAGCCUGUGCUCAUCGAUGUUGGGCUUGCUGCACUCUCGAUGGCUGUUCGGAGAGAGGAACCGCGCCGACCGUCCGCUUCUACUAUAUACCAGCGACGGCCGUCAGUUGUAGAUCCGGGCAUGGCUGACACGUACGAGAUGAAAAUGCUCGCCUCGCUCGACCACCUUCGGCCCGGCGUGGACCCAUCAAAACCACCGCAGCCGCAAUCCCCAGCUGUUGCGGCAAGCCCAUCGCUCGAAUAUCGACGGCGCUUCGGAGCAGGAUCCGGCGGCACGAACACCCCAAACAGCCUUAUCGAUUCGCCCUUCUCGCUCGGAGAACCAUAUCGAAGUGGGUUGAACAGCUCGCUGGGCAGCAUGAGACGCAGCUCUACAUCUGGGUCAAGCUCGCGGCUUCUUGGCGGCUCCGCAUCCCCAAUGACCUCCACAGGGCUCUGGUCGAGCCUCCGCGCGCCGUCCUUGGAUAAUAGCAGCGAUGGGCGACGAAGCCCCGGUGCGGAUAUGGUGCUGAAUUUUCAGCACCAGCAACCUAAGUCCACCUCGAACCCAACCCCCGCAGUGACCAGCGCUCCCGAUACAGAGGCGACUUCAAAGCCAGCAAGUACCCUAUUGAAUGGCAAUGAGGAGAUAGAAAAAGAGGAUAGUGUGGCGCCGUUGCGGAGUACUAUGGGCUCUUCAUUGGCGAGAGCAGGGAGUUUGAGCAGCAGUCAGGGUCUCUGGGCACCGAAGCCGCAGGCUAGCGGAAAUGGGCUUUGGGGGCCACCGCGAUGGGAAGAAGUGUUUGAGCAUGGGAGGGGCUCGAAGAGGAGGUGGACGGUUACCGAGAGAGACUGAGAGGUUUAUACUCUUUCUUGUUCUAUUAGCGGUUCAUGUUUGCAUAAUGCAACACUUUUCUCACUGCAUGGCGGGCAUUACGAGCACAGAGCGAAGGAGAAGGUAUUCCUUUUCCCAGUUAGGCGUAAAAGUAAAGCCCUGAGACGGCGACGAACGAGGAGUUAUAGACCGAUGGAAGGGUGUCUGUGGGUGUAAUAUUGAUGGCGUCAUGCAUCUCUGCUCAUGAGUAGGAGGUAAUAAUAAAAGUACUAGC